AUGGAUUUAAACAGUUUAAUAAAAAAUAAAAAAUUGCAGUUGAAAAGCUGUAAAACUGUAGUAACUAAUAUGCUUGGUCAAAAAUAUGAAGAAUUUAAUGGAAUAAAAAAAAAGUUACCACUCAUUGGAAUACCAUUUGUGAUAGAUGAUAAACCUGAUUUACAAAUUGCACAUGUAAUUAAAGGACUAUUCCUAAGUUCACAAGAUCCUGUUGUAAGCAAAGAAAUUUUACAAAAAUACGAAAUUCGUCAUGUUUUAAGCAUUGGUAUUGAUAUAUUGAUAAAGUUUGAUGACAUCAAAUAUUAUUAUUGUGAUUUAUUAGAUUUACCUGAAUCUAAUUUACUUCUAGCAGUAAAAAAAUGCAUUAGAAUCAUAGAUGAACACCGUAAUGAAAAUAUUCUUAUACAUUGUAAUGCUGGUGUAUCCCGUUCACCAGCAAUUGUUAUAUCUUACAUAAUGGCUUUGGAAAAAAUACCUUAUGAAGAUGCAUUCAAUAAAGUAAAAAAUGUAAGAAAUUGUAUUAAACCUAAUGAAGGAUUUGUACAGCAAUUAAGAGCAUUACAACUCUCAACUAUAUUGUAG